AAUUGCUCAUCACACUACUAGUGUAUCUAUUUGUAAUAAAACCUCCGGUGUAAUAAACCUGUCUGUCGGGAUUUUCGGCAAUAACUGUCUAUGAUCAGCGAUUAAACACGCACUGUCCCGAUCGCGACGACUGUUCUAACAUCGCACUCGAUUCUCCGCGGUUUCUUCCCGACUAAAUUAUUAUUUAUUUUCGUCGAAAUAAUAUUUUUUAUCAAUGGACAAUGGUGUCGUUUUCUUGUGGCGUCCAUACGGUGUGUAUAUAUAAUAUCAUGUAUAGAACACAUUGUUAGUACCUGCCGGUAACCUUAAUUGUACCAACGGAGUAGUAACGACAUAAUAUAUAGGUACAACAAACGUUGUCGCGACGUUUUCGAGACAUUUCCUUCGUUGAUAGCGAGUAUUACGCAGGUUACCUACAGUCGACACGACGGGCGUGCAUUUCAUCACGCCGUCAACUUAACUGCCUACGCGACGACACCAGUUCCCGAAAGCUCACCCAAAGGUUCGUGACCUGAGUCUUGUCGACUUGGCAGGAGCUAUCGGCGGACAUACGUACACUGCAGAUCGCGACGACGUUAAACCGUUGCGCCAUGGUGGAGGUACAGUCACAGGCCACGAGCCCCAAACCCGUGAUCAACAAGAGGUGCACAGAAGUGCCGAUGGCCGUCGGGUCGCCGACGGCAUCGGAGAUGAGGCGUCGCCGGCGCCGACGUUCACGUCUCAUGUCUACCACCUCAUCGGUGGUGUCGGCCGCAGCCGCCGGCAUCCCAGCUUCUGAAAAGCACAAGAUAUCCAACAACGAAGCAUUGAUGCAUAUGGUAAAGGCUACUAUCGGUGGUGGGUUUCUAGCCAUGCCCGAUGCCUUUCACAACAUUGGCAUAGUGAUGGGCGUCGUAGGCACCGCAGUACUAGGCCUUUCCGUGUUGAACAUGAUGUCGUGCAUAGUUCGGUGCUCGCAGACAUUGCGGUCCGGUAAGUACGUGGACAUCAUCUUGGCUGAACAGAAUAGUAAUAACGCCGGGGCCAAAAGAGAAAAUGAUGAUAAUGACGACAGAAAAAUUCCACCAACCCUGCGGUAUAACAACGAGUUACUACUGCCUCCAAUGGACUAUCCUGAUACCGUAGCCGCUGUAUUAAAAUAUCGCGCUCGUGGCCGAUUCGCUUGGCUCGCGUCAUUUGCCAGAAAAUUUACUAGCAUCUCGCUCGUGGCCACUUAUUAUGGAGUGAAUAUCAUCUACGUAUGCAUCCUGUCCAGUACGUGUAAGCAGCUCAUCGACCAAUACACUGCUAACGCAGCUGUGGACUCUUGGAGCUAUUUGGUGCACGGAUUGUCUAUCCGUUGGUACCCUAUAUUAACCGCAGUGCUAAUCGUCCCAGUGGGUAUGGUCCGUUUGAUCAAAUAUCUGGUCCCAUUCUCGGUGGCCGCCAACGUGUGCAUACUUGCCGGUACCGUGGCCGUGUUCUACUUCAUUUUCUUCGGUGACAACAGACCACUGGCCCCAGAGGAACAAGCCAAGCUAAUAGUUUGGCCGGCCACUCGGUGGUCGUUGUUCGCCGGCAGUGCUUUGUGCUCGUUGGAAGGCGUUGGAAUGCUGCUGCAUAUCGAGAAUGCGAUGAGCAGGCCAUUGGAACUUGCCGGACCGCCCUCGUACACACUGCAUCGGUCCAUGGUGGUCAUAGUCAUGAUGAACAGCGCGCUAGGGUUAUUUGGUUACAUGCGGUACGGUGACAGGUGUGAAGGCAGCAUAUCGCUCAACUUACCACAGAAUAACCGUCUUUCGGAAGUUAUCAAAAUCAUGAUCGCCUUGGGUAUCCUGAUGACUUACGGGCUCCAGCUAACCGUCACUACAGAUUUAGCGUGGCAAGGACUGCGUAGCAAGCUCGUUAGAUCUAAGGGUGAAACUACUGACUGCAGAGAUGUAACGGACGACGAUGAUUCUUCGCCAAGGUUAACAACGUACUACUAUCUUAUGAGAUCCAUCUUAAUCGUCGGAACCAUUAUAGUGGCCAUGGCUAUACCGGACAUCGGGCCGCUCGUAUCGCUCGUGGGCUCCAUCGGGUUCUCGUUGCUGGGUCUGAUCGUGCCCGUGAUCAUGGAAACCGUUUGGUACUGGUAUGACGAAGACAACGAUGACUUAGGACAGAACUGCUAUGACGGGACAGCCACAACAGCGAAUGGCGCCAAAAGUAUGUUAUCAGCCCGCGGAAACAUUUGUCGCCGAAUCGUGCGGCACGUGAAGAAUAUGAUACUACUCGUGUUCGCUACAGUAGCGUUGGUCGGUGGUGCAUUUUACAACAUCCGUGACAUCGUAAACAAGGCCUCUGAAGACGCAGUUUCUUACAGUGUUUAACAGAGGAUCUCCUGCGGACGCUUCACUAUUAUAUUUUACUUUUAGCUUUGUUUUUGUGUAUAAAUAAUUAUUAUAAACGCUUUAAUAUUAAAUAAUUGAUAUAACCACAGAUAGAUAACAAUAUAUGGUUACUAACAUAGUAAAAUGAUUGAAAUAGGACAUCAUAUUAUAUUACAUAUGAAGAGUAAAACACGAUUGGCCACGCAAAUGUUUUCAAUCUUCAGAAAUCGAUAACGGUUACUAUUGUUGCUAUGUAUUAUUCUGGCUUUACGCUGACAAUAAUAUUAAAAAGUUUUGCUCGCCAAAUUUUCUUAAAGCGUGUUUCUCUGAUAACAGGAAGAAUAUUAUCUAGUAUUAUUAUAUUAUAAUAAUAAAUAUCUGUGGAUAUAACAAUAUUAUUAUAUGAAUAAAUGUUUGUUACUGCUGUGCGUAUCUUUUAUUCCAAUUGUACAUAACUUGAACAGAGACAGAAAAAAACAGUGGUUUAAAUGAUGGAUUCAAUAAGGCUCAAAACUUAAAUUUAUUAUCUAUGAAGCACAUUCUAGGAGUUUCGUCUCAAACUUUUUUACACCACAAUAUCUAGAUAUGUUAUUUAUUCAUUCAAUAAAUAUACUAAUAUGUAGACUGUACUUAUAAUAUUGAAAUCAUACUGAAAUGCACACAAAGCUUCAAAUAAAAACUAAAUAUUCGUCGAAAUCAAGCAACUCAUACACAAACUAUUUGGAUUAUGAUAAAUGUGUGCUGUUCUUGCAUUCCGAUUCUCGUGAUCGAGCAAAUCAUUAAUGAUCUCCUUAAUUGAUUGUUAAUACUUUCUCAUUAAUUUGAAAAAUUCUUAAUCACCUUAAUAACCUUGCUCUUUUAAAGAGUAAAGAAUUAAUUUUAAAAAAUUUAGAAA